AUGUAUUACCUCCACUUCUUUGCUAAAUCUAUAGUUUGUGAAAAGGGAAUCAUAUAUGAGGAUUUUGAGCACUUGGGUAUAAGGGGAAUGUUGAGAAAUAGAGGAUGGGAGAGUUACAUGAAAUCGGUUGGAGUUAGGGUUGAAUACAAUGUAAAAGAAUUCUACAACAAUGCCGAGCCUACUGAGGCAAGGCAAUUUACUACUUUUGUGAGGGGUUUUGAAUUUGUUGUUAAUCCUAAUGUGAUUUUUGAUAUGAUUAAGCCUAUGCCCAAGAGUACCCAAUGCAAUGUACCUCCUAAUCCCCCAAUUGAUACAAUGCAAUGGGCAGGAUUUUAA